AUGCAAAUUUCUGUUCUCUUCUUCUUACCCUUGAUUAUUCUUGUUUCAAGUGAAGAAGCUAACCUCUCUUCUCAGCCCUCAUUCCUGCCUUAUAGCUGGUUUGAUUACCCCACAUCUGGCUGCCCAAGCUACACUUGUAAGCAAUUAUCUCAAACCCUUUCUAAUGGAACCUGCGCUUACUAUAAUUCAAUUUCUGACACUUUUUACAUCCAAAAAUGCCCUGAGACUCAAUUUUGCAUCCCGAAUCAAAACGAUAAAAAUUAUUCAUGUGUCUUUCAAAAAAUUUCUCAGCCAAAAAGCUACCCAGGUGAAAAAUGUGCCGCUAGUUCAGAUUGUGACCCAGAAUAUUCUUUAGGUUGUGGAGAAAACUUUUUAUGUGAAGGAAUAAAAUCAAAUGGAAAAUGCACCGUUAGUGAGCAAUGCAACCCUGGGCUUUCUUGCCAAGAAAUUAGUGGAGGCUUCGGAUUUUGUAAGCCUCUGAUAUCGAUUGGAAAUAUUGGCUGCUUAAGCGACUUUGAUUGCAUUUAUAAUGCUGGUUGCAAUAAAAUCUCAAAUACAAACUCAAACCUUAACAUUUGUGUUGAAUAUGGAAGUCUUCAGCCUGGGGUAGAAAUUUCAGUAAAUAGUUGCAUCAGAAACCAGAAUUUAAUGUGUAGCUCUGGGACUUGUAGCAAUAUCAAUGGAGGAAAUCAAUAUUUUUGCACUGAAAAUUUAGAGUCUCUCAAUGAAGCACCUGCAAGAUGCUAUAAUACAAAUGUAAAGGAUUGCAUUUCAAAAACAGACCCUAAGACUUCUUAUUUUAUCCAAGGAUCUUGCAUUUGUGGGUACGUUUAAGUUUAAGUUUAAUGAAUUACUCUCGGUAUACAGUCUCCUUGCUUGAGGUCCAAUUUGUUUAACAGCUCUGAACAACGGUAGGUGGGCCGGCCUAAUGUCGAACCGUUAAAGUUAGCAAGUCCUUAAGACUUCUCUGAUCAGUGCCAGACUCAGCACUGGCCUCUUCUCUUCCUUCGACACUCUCAAGAGGAUGACCUCUAUCACUUGAGCUCGAAAAUAGGUCCCUUUCUGCCGGAACAGGUAUAGAACCUAUCUCUAACUGACAUUUUAAUAUUGUGUGGGUACAAUGAAGACCGAUUUGGUUAUUGCUCUUUAAAUCCUGGUGACAAGGCAUAUAUUCAAUUUCGUAAAAUUGAAAUGAAGUGGCUUAGCAGUGAUUAGAUUAGAUUAAUUGCAUUAGAUUAGGUUUCGGAAUUUAUUUUAGCCCCUCUCCGCCUUCGCCUACUUCAGGCUCCUCGUCCUAAGAAUUGGUUUGCACUUACGAACUUUUCUGUUGACAUCGCCAUCUUUUGGGGAGAAGUAGCCAGGUAUAGCACAAGCCUCAUUUUAGAUCCCUGAGGACGAGUGCUUUUAUAUAAAAAAUUAAAUUUUUAAAUUAACUCCCCCCCCCAUCCUUGAUCGAACGAUUGACUGUAAAAAUUCCUAAAAAUUGGGGAAAUUAACCCCCAUCCUUGAUCGAACGAUUUUCAUAUCAUGCAAAUUUUUAUAUAUAUAAAAAAUAUUAGUUAUCAAAUGCUUUGGAAGAUGUGCCUAAUGAAGUUGUUUUCAGAGCUUUGAGAUGACAGAAAGCUGCGAAAUCAACCAUCCGAAGUGAUUUAGACAUCAGCCUAGGCUUAAAAACUCAAUAAUCUAAUAAAAUAGAGAUUCUUUCAAAUUUUAAAAAAAAAUAAUUUUAAAUUAAAAUUUAUACAGUUUAGAAGGGUAACUAAUAAAUCAAAAUAUUAAAAAUUGGUAUUUUUAUGAAAUUAAUUCAAUUUUUUGCUGUAAAAAUAAUUAUUAAAUACUCUUAAUCCUCUUAUUUAAAGUAAAUAAAAAAAAAUCUAUAUAUAUAUAUUUUUCAUUUUAUAUAUAAAAAUUUUUCCCAAAAAAAUUUUUUUUUAAACCCCCAUCCUUGAUCGAACGAUGGCGAGUCGUUCGAUCAAGGAUGGGGGGGGAGUAAGGAAAAAUAUGAAAAGUCAAUUUUCAAAUUGACAAAUAGGACAUAUAUAAUGGAAUUUUUAAAUUGAUAUUUGACUUUUUGGAAUUGUUUUAGAAUUUCAAAUAAUUUUUUAGUUUGAAGGGCAUUUUCCUUACUCCCCCCCCCCCCUCCGUGAGCGAACAAAACCAUUAGAAAAAAUCACCAUUUUUUGACCAAAAACCCACCCUCCGUGAGUGAACAAAAAUUUUUUUAAUAGAAAAAAUUUUAAUGGAAAAAAAUUUUGAUAUAUAAGUGAUAAUUAGUAUAAUGAAAUCUAGAGCUAAUUCUGUUUAAUUUUAAAACAAAUUGCGUUUUAAAACAUAAAUUUUGCAAAUUAAAUUAAUAUUUGCUUCCCAAUUUUUGCAAAUUAGGAUUUUUUUUAAAUUUCGAAAAAAAUAUUUUUUUAUAAAAUUUAUAUAUAAAUUUUUUUUUAAAAAAAAAAAUUAACCCCCCUCCGUGAGUGAACAAAAUUUUUUUGUUCGCUCACGGAGGGGGGGGGGAGUUAGGACAAGAGUUCAGACCGCUCCUCUAAGACACAAAAACCUCAGGGUAUGGGAGAAGGACGGGCUGGAUAAGUUGUGUGCUCAGCAGUGAAGAAGUGAAAAAUUGUAACACUAAAAGAAGAUUUUGGCCACAUAGCGAGAUGUGUGCUAAUAGUUUUUGGAAUGAAAGAGAUAUAUCAGCCAUGAAAUAUUAUUAUUUAAGCAUGAUUGAAUUCAAUCAAAUACGAGAUAUAAAUGAAUGUGCUUUGGAAGUUUUUUUAAAAGAGUAUUCAAAGAGCAAAGAAAACUAUGAGAGCUAUGAUGACGCUGAAGAUUUCACUACUUGCAUAUUGAACUGUAUUUUAGAUUUCGGGUCUCCUGAGUCUACUGCAUUUUGUAUGGCAAGUUGUUUAUUAUAA